GCGGCUCUCAGCAUCUCCGGCCCGGGGGCUGCUUUGCUGAUUCACAGAGGCCGUCCGGUCCUGCUCGCCGCCCGCGGCCUCGCCCCCCGCCCCCCCCUCCGCCCGGGACCCCCACGUACCAAGGUAGGACAGCGGGCCGGACGGCGAGGAGGGGCCCGAGGCCCACGGCCGGGGCUGCUCUGCACGAGGCUGCCCCGGACGGACUGUGUAGGUGGAGGUCUGUGCGUGGAUGCAUGGGUGCAUGGAUGCUGGUGCCUCAAGGAGAGCCCCACCCCCCAUGAGCCUCGGUUCUGAUGCAGCCCAUGGUCAUGCCCGGAUGCCCCUACACCCUUCCACGAUGUCAUGAGUGGCGGGCACCUGAUCAAUCCCAGCGCAGCAGUAGCCUGAGCAACCCCCGCCCACAGCCUCAGGGGCCGGUGGUGGCGGCAGGGACUCAGGAUGGUGCCGGCCCGCCCUCGCCCUGUCUGAACCAGCAGCUUCCCAGCGGGCCCGGGCGGCCCCCGGCCCCCCUCGACAUGAACCUGUGUUGGAGCGAGAUCAAGAAGAAAUCCCACAGCCUUCGGGCUCGCCUGGAGGCCUUCUCCGACCAGAGCGGGAAGCUGCAGGCCCCCCUGCAGGAGAUCGUCGACUGGCUCGGCCACAAGGAUGAGGAGUUGUCGGCCCAGCUGCCGCUCCGGGGGGACGUGGCAUUGGUGCAGCAGGAGAAGGAGACCCACGCGGCCUUCAUGGAAGAGGUCAAGGCCCGGGGCCCUUACAUCUACUCCGUCCUGGAGUCGGCUCAGACCUUCCUGGCCCAGCACCCCUUCGAAGAGCUGGAGGAGCCCCAGACGGAGGGCAGAGAUGUCUCCCCGCGGCUCCGCGGCCAGAACGGCAGCCGCUUGGUGUGGAAGCAGGCGACGGUGGCCAGCGAGCUGUGGGAGAAGCUGACGGCCCGCUGCGUGGACCAGCACCGCCACAUCGAGCGCACCCUGGAGCAGCUGCUGGACGUCCGGCGGGCCAUGGAGGAGCUGGACGCCUCGCUCGGCCAGGCGGAGGGCGUCCGCGCCACCUGGGAGCCCAUCGGGGAUCUCUUCAUCGACUCCCUGCCCGACCACAUCCAGACCACCAAGCUGUUCAAAGAGGAACUGUCCCCCAUGAAAGAUGGGGUGAAGCUGGUGAACGACCGGGCCCACCAGCUGGCCAUCUCGGACGUGCACCUGUCCAUGGAGAACUCGCGGGCCCUGGAGCAGAUCAACACCCGCUGGAAACAGCUGCAGACGUCUGUCAGCGAGCGACUCAAGCAGCUGCAAGACGCCCACCGGGACUUCGGGCCGGGGUCCCAGCACUUCCUGGCCACCUCUGUCCAGGUGCCCUGGGAAAGAGCCAUUUCCCCCAAUAAAGUGCCCUACUACAUCAACCACCAGGCUCAGACUACCUGCUGGGACCACCCCAAGAUGACCGAGUUGUACCAAACCCUGGCCGAGCUGAACAACAUCAAGUUCUCCGCGUACCGGACGGCCAUGAAGCUGCGCCGAGUCCAGAAGGCCCUGCGCCUGGACCUGGUCCCCCUGAGCACAGCCCUGGAGAUCUUCAACGAGCACGAGCUGCAGCCAGGGGAGCACGUGAUGGACGUGGUGGAGGUCAUCCACUGCCUGACCGCCCUCUACGAGAGGCUGGAGGAGGAGAGGGGCAUUCUGGUCAAUGUGCCGCUCUGCGUGGACAUGACCCUCAACUGGCUGCUCAAUGUCUACGACAGCGGCCGCAGUGGGAAGAUGCGGGCCCUCUCGUUUAAGACGGGCAUCGCGUGUCUGUGCGGCACAGACGUGAAAGAGAAAUUCCAGUACCUUUUCAGCCAGGUGGCUCACCCUGGCGGCCUGUGUGACCAGAGGCACCUGGGCAUCCUGCUGCACGAGGCCAUCCAGGUCCCACGCCAGCUGGGGGAGGUGGCGGCCUUCGGGGGCAGCAACGUGGAGCCCAGCAUCCGCAGCUGCUUCCGUUUUAGCACGGGGAAGCCGGUGGUCGAGGUGGCCCAGUUCCUGGAAUGGGCCAAUCUGGAGCCGCAGUCCAUGGUGUGGCUGGCCGUGCUGCACCGUGUGGCCCUGGCCGAGCCGGUCAAACACCAGACCAAGUGCUCGGUUUGCAGGCACUGUCCCAUCAAGGGCUUCAGGUACCGGAGCCUGAAGCAGUUCAACGUGGACAUCUGCCAGAUGUGUUUCCUGACGGGCCGCGCCAGCAAGGGGAACAAGCUCCACUACCCCAUCAUGGAGUACUACACCCCGACCACGUCCAGCGAGAACAUGCGGGACUUCGCCACCACCCUGAAGAACAAGUUCCGGUCGAAGCACUAUUUCAGCAGACACCCCCAGAGGGGCUACCUGCCCGUCCAGUCGGUGCUGGAGGCUGACUUCAGCGAGACGCCUGCCUCCUCCCCGGUGCUGCCCCACGCUGACACCCACUCUCGCAUCGAGCACUUUGCCAGCAGGCUCGCUGAGAUGGAAAGUCAGAACUGCUCUUUCUUCAACGACAGCCAGUCUCCGGAUGACAGCAUAGACGAGGACCAGUACCUGCUGCGGCACUCGAGCCCCAUCACGGACCGCGAGCCGGCCGGUGGGCAGCAGGCCCAGGGCAGCCCGCCCGGCGAGGAGGACAAGGGGACGCUGGAGAAGAUCCUGGCUCACCUGGAGGAUGAGAAUCGGAUCCUCCAAGGGGAGCUGCGGCGGCUCAAGUGGCAGCACGAGGAGGCGGGCGAGGCCCCUCCCCUGGCGGCCGGGACCCCCGAGGCGGCCCAGGACCCCCACAAUGAGGAGCUCCUGGCGGAGGCCCGGAUCUUACGGCAGCACAAGAGCCGCCUGGAGACCCGCAUGCAGAUCCUGGAGGACCACAACAAGCAGCUGGAGUCUCAGCUGCAGCGCCUGCGAGAGCUGCUCCUGCAGCCCCCGGCAGACUUGGACGGGACCGGCUCGGCCGGCUCCUCGCUGGCCUCCUCCCCGCAGCCGUCGGAGGGAAGCCACGCCAGGGAGAGGGAGCACAACACCCCAGACACCGAGGUGGCCGAUGAAAUAGUCGCCAAGAGCCAGGACGUCAGCCUGUGCCUGGAGGACAUCAUGGAGAAACUGCGGAAUGCCUUCCCCAACGCUCCCAGCCCCGAGCCGACCCCUAACGCCCUGCUGGCUUCUUGACCUGCCGGAGGUCACGGGCCCCGCUCCCUUUUCUGGCCUGGCAGGGCUCUGCCCCCUCUCUGCUCCAGCCCAGCCCUUCCCCUCAUCCCUGCUGCAGGGCUGCUGGGACCCCACUGCCCGAGGUCUGGGCCGGGGGGAGCGGCUUGCCGGCCCGGGCAGCCUGAGGGCCGGCCCAGGGGUCAGCCCUCACUGCUGGCUGCUGCCUCCUCUAGGGGUAGGGGGGCUCCUGGGGCACCAGAGUGGGGAGGGUCACUGUGGAACACAGCCUGAGUGGGAGUGAAGCCCCCAGCACUGGGGCCCCUACCCUCUGCCCCUCAGGGGGCCGUAGGGAGAUCCACGAGCUGGGGCGGCCUGCUGGGCGAGAGUCCUGGCCCGCCAGCGGCGCACAGAGUGUGGGCAGUCCUGUGUGAGCACCCCUGCCAGCUGCUGUGCCCAGCAGUAACCUCGCUAACCAAAGCUGCGCUAGGCCAGCUGGGUGCUGGUGCCGGGCCAUCCCCGUGCCCGGGGAUGCCAGGGUCCUCCACGGCGAGACACCCUCCCGGCGGCCUCCUCCCGGCGCUGGCUGAUGUUCAGAGGAACCAGAGAAACGCUAACAGGUUUGGCUUAUCCCAGCUCCCCCCACCCCCCGGCUUCCCCCGGCUCCACCCGCUCCCUUCUUCCGGCUUCCUGGGAGCCGGCCAGGCCCCAGCUGGGGACUUGGGCAUCGACCCCGGUCCGCCCGUCCCUCUUCAGGACAGUCGGGACGGCCCGCCGUCUCACCCUCCCUCCGGAGACCUCUGGAGAACGGCCCCGAGAUGCAGGGGAGUCCAGAGGGAGGGGCUCCAUCCACUGACCGGGCAGCAGCUGCGGGCCGAGAGAAGAAAGGAAACUAACGGCCGGUCAGGGUGGGUGAGCUUGUUCUGACUGGAGUGCAAGGAGCUGGUCACCUUUCCCAGACCACACCACCGAUAGGACAGGCCAGCUUUCUGUUCCUGGGGGCAUGGUGACCUCCACACCCCCAGCCUGGCCAGGGUGCCCCGAGUCACUGAAGCCAGGUGAGGGGGGCGGUUCAGGGCUCGGGGCCCAGCCGGGGUCCAGGCUGCCUUGUCCCGAGCCGACCUUUCUAACCAAGAGCUCUGGAGCAGAUUUCAUCUGCUUGGGUCUCUCUCUCUCUCUCUCUCUCUCUCUCUCUCUCUCUCUCUGUAUAUAUAUACAUUCUGUACGUCAGCCAUUCCCCCGCAGCCACCUCCCGCCCUUGCACAUUAAAUCCUAAUUCCUCA